CUUACCAGUUGCGUCAUCAUCAAACCACAACACACUCUCCUCUCUUAUUUUUACUUCUCCAUCCUUUCACCAUCUCUUUAUAUUUUCCCGAGAAAUAAAUCGAAAAAGCUUUCUCUAGGUAUUUUUCUUGAUUUGUCUAUUACACAUCUCUCUCUCUCUUUUUUUCUUUUGAGGAAAUCUAUUACACAUCUCUCCCCUCUCUUGCAUCGCUUGCUCUCAUCUGUUUGGUCUCCUUCUUACUUUUUCUAGUAAAGUACAGAGAGAGAUUCAGACAUGGGGUUAGGGUUUUGAGGUAAGAGAGAGAGAGAGAGGCAAGUAUGCGCGAGUUACAUCCUUUUUGAGUGACCCUGGAUUCUCCACCGCCUAACGACCGCCGUCGCCGCCGCCGCCUCGACGAAGAAGACGACGCCGAGCUACCUCAAUAUGCUCCUCAACCAAUGGCAGAAGAAGACGAAGCUCACCGCUUCCUCCACCCUCCAGCACCGCCGUCAUCUUCUUCAAUGAGACGCCGCGCUACGUCGGAGGCAGCGAACGGCGGCUGCGGCGAGAUAGUCGAGGUGCAAGGAGGUCACAUUGUGCGGUCCACGGGAAGGAAAGACCGGCACAGCAAAGUCUGCACGGCGAAAGGACCACGUGACCGGCGCGUGAGGCUAUCGGCUCACACGGCUAUUCAGUUCUACGAUGUCCAAGACCGGCUUGGCUUCGACCGGCCGAGCAAAGCCGUUGACUGGCUUAUCAAAAAGGCGAAGACUUCCAUCGACGAGCUCGCUCAGCUUCCGCCGUGGGAUCCGGCGGAUGCGAUCCGCAACGCCGCCGCGAACGCUAAACCGAGAAGAACCGCCGCGAAAGCUCGAGUUUCUCCAUCUCCUCCGCCGCAGCAGCUUCAGUUCAGCGGUGGAACGGCCGUGGGAUUCGCCGGAGCAACGGGGCGCCGGAGUAAUGAUAACGAGUCGAGCUUUCUUCCGCCGUCGAUGGACUCAGAUUCGAUUGCUGACACUAUAAAGUCGUUUUUCCCGGUGGUUGGCUCCACGGCGGAGGCUCCGCCGCAUCAGCUUAUGCACAACUACCAUCAUCAUCAUCCGCCGGAUUUGCUUUCAAGAACCAAUAGUCAAAACCAAGAUCUCCGUCUCUCGCUGCAACCGUUCCCGGAUGGUCCACCGUCGCUUCUCCACCACCACCACCACCACUCCGUAGCCGAGCCUGUUCUGUUCUACGGACAGAGCAACCCGCUAGGGUAUGACGCAUCGACGGGUGGUUGGGAGCAACAGUCAAUUCAGAGACUGGUGGCUUGGAACAGCGGCGGAGCUAACGAUACAGGAAACGGAGGAGGAGGAGGGUUUCUCUUUGCUCCUCCUCCUAAUCAUCCUUCAACGACGUCGUUUCAGCCAGUACUUGGCCAAAGCCAGCUUUAUUCUCAGAGGGGUCCCCUUCAGUCCAGUUACAGUCCCAUGAUCCGUGCUUGGUUUGAUCCUACUCACCACCAUCAUCAAUCCAUCUCCAGUGACGAUCUCAACCACCACCACCAUAUGCCUCCGCCAAUUGCUUCAGGUGAAUUCUCUUCCGGUUUUCGCGUACCAGCACGGUUUCAGGGUCAAGAAGAGGAGCAGCACGACGGUCUAAACAACAAACCGUCUUCUGCUUCUCGCCAUUGAUAACAAUCCAAACCAACAUCCUCUGAUUCCAGGGCUUGCCAAGCUUCUAUUAACAUUGAAAGCUUGGCUUAGAUUGUUCUGAACAGGGAAGACGUUCUCUCGGUUUGUGUAAUUCAAUGGCUUGAAAAAGGCAAGGAAAGGAUGAAGCACCAUUUCAGGUUCUUCCAAUAUCCUGACCUUGCCAAUUGUAAUUUUCUUCUUUUUUUUACCAGUUAGACAGUGUUCUGUAGCUCAGUUAUGGUUAGAUUUUGAUUCUAAUGCUCCUUCUUGAUGUGUUGUGUCUGAAAACCUUUUUGUUGUGUGUUGUAUCAUUAUCAUCCUCUUGUUACUGCAGUAGCAAGAUACUUGAGAAAUUGCAGUUCCUUCUUCUUGUUGUGUGUAACUCCAUCCAUGGAUAUGCUUUAAUAAAGUCUUGUACUUUCUCUUUCU